AUGGGGAAAAUAACCAGAGUGCGGACAGGCUGUUGGACCUGCAAGAAACGGCACAGGAAAUGCGAUGAGGCGAAGCCGUUCUGUAACAACUGCAAAAAUACCGGACGAAAAUGCGAAGGGUAUGAGUUACGACUUUCAUUUGACUUUUUCCAGCAGGGUGGUGGGAAGAAGAAAAAGGCGCUGCAUAAGACGUCUCCAGCGGUUGCCGAGGCGGAGGUAAAGGAACGGUGGUCGAAAGAAACUAUGGUCAAACAAGUGGGUGAGGGACCAUUGAUGCAACCUACUAAUGACCCACAUUAUUCGACGCUGGCCCAAAACCAGAAUCAACCUCCAAACGAUCUGCAUUAUCCUUUGCGGGUCCCAAAUAAACCUCUACAGCCCACACAAGCGGACAGCCUGCCGACACCUGUACUUGGAACUGCUUCAUCAAGUACAAACUUGAACCAAUUCAGCAGCACCCUAUUUGAAGAUCUUCAAUCACUUUUGUCGUCAACAAUGUAUGACCCAUUGAGGGAAAGCGACGUCUCACCCGACAGUCAAAUCUCACCUUCUUUUUACGAUUUUGCCAAUUUCGAUCUUCAAAUUAUUGAUUUCAUGGACAAGUCUCAGAUUUUCGAUGCUAAUCACAGACUAUUACUUGAUAAUUUUGACUCCAAAAGUUCCUCUGGCACCAUACCAACGGCGCCGCCUGAUACGCCAUCCUUAUUUGCCAUGAGCCAUCAAGAAGAAAACAUGAUGUUGAAACAUUUUUUUAAAAAGUUGUUGCCAUUGUUGGAUGGGCAUCCGAAGUCGCCUUGGCCCGAUUUAGCAUUGCAAUAUUGUGAUUUUGAUAUAGCCAGGAGCUGUUUCAUAUCAUUGGCUUGUAUCCACAUGUACGAGAGUCGAGCUGGUGGGAGUGAGCUAUACCAAAAGGGUCUUGCUCACAUCAACAACACCAUGGACCAUUUAAUACAUUACAUUCGUGAGAAUUCAAACAAGAUGAACAAUCACCAUGAUGCCAAUGACGCUGCGAUUGACACAAACAAGAAGUAUAUCAGCUAUUUUGUCAUAUUAGUUCUAAUGAAUGUGCACGUGCUAUUUGCUGUUCUCGAAAAGGGCAAGAGCUCCAUUGUUCGAGAGUUUUUUAGAAUAUUCGCUGUCAUAUGCAAAGAUUCUAUAUUCUACAACCAAGUGUUAAAGACGAGUCACAAAAAGAGGUCUUUGGCAGUUGUACUUAGCUGGUACGAUACAGUGGGUGCGAUUGUCACUCCAGACUGCCGUGAGCCAUUUUGUUCACCGCAAUGGUAUGGUAGAUCUAACGACGAUAUUUCCACCUCGAAGAUGAUGGGAUGUCCUGGUGAAAUCUUUGUCGCAAUGGCUGAAGAUGUCGCAUAUCUGCGAAUACGAUAUUCGCUAGUAAGUUACCGUGACUACGUUUUAACCCACGAGGAGGAUAGCAAUGAAUCCUACCCCAACCGACUAAAUUGUGCAUUGUGCUGGUCAUUAGCCGUUUGGAUUACUUUGAAUCGAGUAGUUGAACCCGAGGACUACCUCGCAACGAACCAAAAAUUAGCCAGCGAAUUCAUUCAUACUUAUGACAAUAUGGACCCCAAGUCGUCGUUGGUCACACAAAUGGUGUGGCCUGUUUAUGCUAUCGGAUGUGAAUGCAAGAGUGAUUGGGAAAGAUCUAAUGUGAUUCGGUUUAUGGAAAAUCUUUAUGAGAAUACAAAAAUGGGAACAACUGCGUCGUUGAAAGAAAUUGUCCAACAAGUGUGGGAAAGGAACAUUACACAGGAGCAGUAUUUAACUGAGUGGUUAGGGAAGAAUGUUGAUUAUUUACCAGUGUAG